UUUUUUUUUUUUUUUUUUUUAAGGGCUGUACCCGGGGCAUAUGGAAGUUCGCAGGCUAAGGGUUGAAUUGGAGCUGUAGCUUCUGGCCUACACCGCAACCAUAGCAACGUGGGACCCAAGCCACAUCUGCAACCUACACCACAGCUCACAGUAAUGCCAGAUCCUUAACCCACUGAGUGAGGUCUGGAAUUGAACCCUCAUCCUCAUGGAUACUAGUUGGGUUUGUAACCCCUGAGCUACAGUGGAACUCCUGUCAGAUGCUUUUUAUUCAAUUUUUUUUCCUUUAGUCUUUUGAAUGGUGAAUUUCAAUGAUGGAUUUUUUUUUUUUUUUUUUUCCUUUGUAGGGCCAUAACCGAGGCAUAUGGAAGUUCCCAGGCCAGGGGUCGAAUCGGAGCUACAGCUGCUGGCCUACACCACAGCAACUCAGGAUUUGAGCCAUGUCUGCGACCUACUCCACAGCUCACGGGAAUGCCGGAUCCCCAACCCACUGAGCAAGGCCAGGGAUUGAACCCUCAUCCUUGCAUUCAUGGAAUAAGCCACUAUUGGUUGUGACAUACUCUUUUAAUAUAUUGCUAUGUUUGUAACAUUUAUUUUAAUAGAAAUAACUGAAAUAGGUUUUGUUACUACUUAUUACUACUUAAAUCCUGGAAUACCUUUAAAAAUCGUGACUCACUUGUUUGUUUUAAUUCAGUCAACAAUUAUUUGACAAUUAUGUGCCAGAUAUUGUCUUAAGUGCUGGGGAUUGGAACACUGAACAAAACUGAGUUCUGCCCUUUAACUGUACCCCUUUCUAUAAUGUAAUGAAAUGUCAGGUAGUGAUUAGUGUUCUGAGGAAGAAUAAAGCAGUGUAGGGGAAUAGAGAACCAUGAAUUGAGAGGCUAAAGCUGUUUUAAAUAAUUAGUCAAUGCAGGAUUCUCUGAGAAGAUGACUCUAGAGCAGAAACAUGAAUGACGUGAGAGAGCCAGCCAUCUUACUUGUGGAAAAUUGUUCCAGGCUGAGAGAAUUGCAAACACAAAUUCCCUGAAACAAGGACUUGUUUGGUGUGUUUCAGAAUAGCACAGAGGCUAGUGUUUCUGGACUGUAGUAAUCCAUGGAGAACGUGUAGGAGGCGAAGUAGUCAGGGACGUGAUAGUGUAGAACUCUGUAGGUUAUUGUAAGGACAACUUUGGAUUUUAUUCUGAAUGUAAUGGCGACCACUGAUUUUUCACCAAAUAUUUACUGAGUAUUUGGUAUAUAUCAGAUACUUUUGCAUGUUGACUUUAUUAAAAAAAUAAUAAAAUAUCCAAACAUUUGUAGAUCUUAGAAAUGUUGGCUAUAAGUGUAGUUGUUUAUGUAUAUGGAGGUAGUCAGAGUAGUAGAAUUUAGAAUAAUCAGUAAACAUUGUUAUACCCAAUGACUACAUAUUUAAGUAAUGUAGAAAAUGGGAAUAAAUGCACUUAUGUUUUAUGCUAAAACUGUACGUAUAUAAUUUAGCCUUUUUUUUUUUACAUUAUAGGAGACAGCUAUUUUCAUGAGUUUCUUUGGGUUGCAAAGUCAAGAGAAUUUCAGAUUAGGUUUUUUAAUGUUAAUUUUAAUCAAGUCCAGUAUACCAAUUGUUCUCUUUUCUUUCCUUUUCUUUUUUUGGCUGUGCCCACAGCAUGUGGAAAUCCAGUAUACCAAUUCUUUUCUUUUUUUAGCUGCGCCCACGGCAUGUGGAAAUUCCCAGGCCAAUGACCCAAGCUCCUGCAGUGACAAUGCCAGAUCCUUAACUUGCUGCACCCAAGGGAACUCCCAGGUUAGGAUUUUUUUUUUUUAAAUAAGGAUGUACUUGGUAGUAGGAUAUAGAAAAAUCUCAUGGAAAUCCUAGAAUAGGAAUUUUGGUAUGGCUGGGCCUUUCAGAGUCCAGAACCUCAAAAUCUUUAUACUCAAAUAUAUUAGUUAUCUAUUGCUAUGUGACACAUUACUCCAAGAAAUUAAUGGCUUAAAGCAUUUGUUUCAGUUUCUUUGAGUCAGGAAUCUAGGCAUGGUUUAGCUGAUUGCUUCUGGCUCAAGGUUUCUCAGAAGGGUGCGGACAAGGUGUUGGUUGUAGCUGCAGGCUUCUGAAAGGCUUGACUGAGGAAAGAUUUGCUUCUAGGAUCACACACAUGGUUGUUGGCAGGCUUUAGGUUAUUGCUGUCCAUUGGCUAAAGACAGUAGUUUUUUGUCAUGUGGGUCUUUCCAGCUCACAUCAUGGCAGUUGUUGUUCCUGAGCGAGAGAGGUGACAAGCUGGAAGCCACAGUCUCUUUGUAACCUAAAGUUGAAAGUGGCAUCCCAUUAUCUCUGCUGCAUUCAAGUCGCUAAAUCUAGUCCACAUUCAAGAGGAGAGGAUUACACAAAGUCAAGAAUGCCGGGAGAUGGGGAUUAUUAGGAUCAUUUUAGAAGAUGCCUAUCAUACCAAGUUUCCAGUAAUUAUCUGCAGGAUUCGCCAUGACCCCAGCCUUGAGGGAGGCAGCAACAAAGGGUAUCUGCUUUUCAUCUUUACCAAGUACCAUGGAGUCUGACAAGAUGCUAUGCAUGGAAAGUCCAAGAACUGUAGAUGAAAAGCUAAAAGGAGACACUUUCUCUCAGAUGCUGGGAUUUCCAACUCCUGAACCUACUCUUAACACUAAUUUUGUGAAUUUAAAACAUUUUGGCUCCCCUCAGUCUUCAAAACAUUAUCAGACAGUUCUUUUAAUGAGUUCUAAUGCUACGUUAAAUAAAUACAAUGAGCAUUAUAAACAAAAGAAAUUAGGGGAACCCAACUGCAAUAAGCUGAAAAACUUACUGUGUAAUGGCAGCAAUGUUCAGCUCAGUAAAAUCUGUCAUUCUCAUUCUGAAGAGUUCAUCAAAAAGGAACCUCUGUCAGAUACCACAAGUCAGUGCAUGACAGAUGUACAAAUUAUUUUGGAUUCAAAUAUAACCAAAGACACUAAUGUAGAUAAAGUACAACUGCAAAACUAUAAGUGGUACCAAAAGAAUGCACUUUUAGAUAAAGUUAAUGAUGCUGAGAUUAAAAAGGCUUUAUUGCACUGUGCUCAAAACAAAAUUGGGCCUGGCCAGUCAAAUGUGCCUAUUAGUUCCUCAGCUGCUGAAAAAGAGGAGGAAGUGAAUGCUCGUUUACUUCAUUGUGUAAGCAAACAGAAAAUUUUACUUAGCCAGGCUAAAAGAACUCAGAAACAUUUGCAGAUGCUCCUGGCAAAGCAUGUUGUUAAGCACUAUGGUCAGCAAAUGAAAUUUUCUAUGAAACAUCAACUCCCCAGAACGAAGAGUUUUCACGAACAUACCACAGUUUCGGAUAACAGUUUACCUAAAUGCACUGAAAUUAAACCAGACAUCAAUAUAUUGACUACAGAGAAUAAAUUGUGGACUGAUACCAAAAAUGGCUUUGCACGGUGUACAGCUGCAGAAAUCCAAAGAUUUGCACUGUCUGCUUCAGGGCUGUUGUCUCAUGUUGAAGAGGGCCUGGAUUCUGAUGCAACUGAUAGCAGUUCUGAUGACGAUUUGGAUGAAUAUACCAUUAGAAAAAAUGUGGCAGUUAACUGUAGUACUGAAUGGAAGUGGCUUGUAGACAGAGCAAGAGUUGGCAGCCGAUGGACAUGGCUUCAAGCCCAGAUUUCAGAACUAGAGUAUAAAAUCCAACAACUAACAGAUGUUCACAGGCAGAUUCGUGCCUCCAAGGGGAUAGUGAUCCUAGAAGAAUGCCAACUUCCUAAAGACAUUUUAAGAAAACAAAUACAGUGUACAGACCAAGCAGCUUCAUUAAACACUACAAGGAAUCCCCAGAUUCUUCAAGAGAGUCAAGAUCCUUUGCCAGAACAAGAUUUUGAAAUGUCACCAAGUAGCCCUACACUACUUCUUCGCAAUAUAGAAAAACAGAGUGCGCAGUUGACUGAGAUCAUCAACAGUUUGAUUGCCCCUCUCAACUUGUCUCCAACAUCAUCACCUCUUUCCUCUAAGUCUUGUAGCCAUAAAUGUCUGGCUAAUGGCAUUUCCAGGAGUGCUUCAGAGAAUUUAGAUGAGCUCUCUUCCUCCAGUAGCUGGUUACUUAAUCAGAAGCACAGUAAGAAAAGGAGAAAAGACAGAACAAGAUUGAAAUCUCCAUCCUUGACUGUCAUGAGCACAGCAGCUCGAACAAGGCCGCUUCAGAGUUUCCACAAACGAAAACUCUACAGAUUGAGCCCUACUUUUUAUUGGACUCCACAGACUUUGCCUUCAAAAGAAACAAGAUUCUUAAAUACUACACAAAUGUCUUGCCUACAAUCAGCUUCAAUUUGGAGUAACUGUGAACACAAUUCAAAGUCUCAAAUAUUAAGAGAACAUGUAUCAGAAUUAGAUUCUUCUUUCCAUUCUGUUCUAUCAUUGCCAUCAGAUGUGCCUCUUCAUUUUCACUUUGAAACAUUGUUAAAAAAGACUGAAAUAAAAGGAGAUCUUGCUGAAAAUAAAUUUGUAGGAGACUCUAUCAUAACUCCAUCACCUGUACAUAAUCCUUCUCUGAAUCAAUGGAGAAAUGGAUAUUCUCCGAUAUGCAAGCCUCAAAUAAGGUCAGAAUCUUCUGCACAGCUGUUACAGGGAAGAAAGAAAAGACACUUGAGUGAAACAGCAUUAGGAGAAAGAACUAAAUUUGAAGAAUUUGCUUUGCAACGCACAGAACCAGGAUCCCAUAGCAAUUUUACUGCAGUUAAUAAUGUCAAUGUUCUGUCAAGAACCCAGAAUUCAUCGUCACAAAAUACUGCACGACGGAGAUUGCGAAGUGAGAGCUCUUAUGAUAUAGAUAAUAUCGAUCCCAUGUCACUAGUGGCCCCAGCUAAGUUAGAGAAACUCCAGUAUAAGGAAAUACUGACUCCAAGCUGGAGGAUGGUUCUUCUUCAGCCUUUGGAUGAAUAUAAUUUAGGUGAAGAAGAGAUAGAAGAUCUCUCAGAUGAAGUCUUCUCCCUAAGACACAAAAAAUAUGAAGAGAGAGAGCAAGCCAGAUGGUCAUUAUGGGAGCAAAGCAAGUGGCACAGAAGAAACAGCAGAGCUUACAGUAAAAAUGCUGAAGGACAGGACUUGCUUGUGAAGGAAUACCCUCAUGACCUUGGCGGAGGGCAGAUCUGUGCUGAGAGUCCCGCCGAGCCUCCCUCGGAGAGCCAGGACCUGAGUGCACAUGGCUCACCUUCACUAAGUGAAAGUCAAGAGAUCAAGUCUCUGUGGUGGGAACGACGAGCUUUUCCACUGAAGGAUGAAGACACAGAAGCCUUAUUAUGCCAAGAUGAAAAAAAUGAUCAGAUUAAAAGAUCAAGCCCAGCUUUCCAUGGUGAAGUCUUCUGUACCAGUGCACCAGAGAAUGGCCACCAUCCAAAAAGGCAGGCAGAUGGCAUAGAAGAGUACAAUAUCCUUGGUCUAGGACUUACUCAUGUUAAAAAAUAUAGGUGACAGGGAACAGGUUUAGAAAACUAUGCAACUGAAUAGGAAAAUAGGAGGAAAAAAACAAGCCCUGUUCUCCACCCACCCCCCACAAUUCCAGAGUCAGAGCAUGUAGUGCAUGUAUUAAUCUUUCAUGCUGUUUAUGAAACAGACAAGUUACACCUUAUGUUCCUUCUUGAACCACAGGAGUAACUAGCUUUUCACCUACAGACAAGUGCUAGUCAUUUGUAUUUUAUAAUGCAAAUCACAAGCACCAAAAAAUUAACUGCUGCAAUUUGAUGUCAAAUCACAUUACUGGCUAAAUAACUCUUAUACUUUAUACCCACACAUAAUACACACAUACCUGUGCACUAAAUGAUAGCUCUUCCAUUCCACUUGAAAAAUGCAUGUAUGUACUACCCCAUGAAAUAUAAGCUGCACUAUAAGGAAAGCAGCACAGGUUUCCAAAGGUAAUGGACAUCUAAAAGUCUUGACUAUGGAGAAGGAAUUUUUUAAAAAAAAUGUUUAACCAAGAGAAAUUAUUUAUGGAAAUUUCUAUACCAGAUAACACAAUUCUCUUUUAUUUGAAAUCACUGGUAUCUGUUGGGUUAAACACAGGUUAUUUUCUAUUCACUUCUAACAGAAUAAGAAAAGCAAUGGGUUAAGUAUUGGUGUAUUUUAAAACUCAACUUGAGUUGUACCUAUUUUAUGUAUCUCAUGAAGAGAAAAUGCCCUACUUAAGCAACAAACAGGAAAUUCCUGUUGGUAUAUUAUUGUACUUCUGGUUAAUUUGGUCAUUCCUUACAAUUGCUUAUUCUUUUCAAAUAAGGAUCUGUUCUUACUUGCAUCCUAAAUUGAGAUUUAAAAUUCUCAAAAGGUUAACGCUUCAAUAUUGAACACUGGAGUGUACAUUAAGAAAAAUUCCUUUGACGCUAUUACAUGAUUUUUUUCUAUGUAAAAAUUUGGACAAUUUAUAUGACUCGCUUUUUCUCAUGUAAAAAAAGGUUAUUCAAGUUGUAGUACCCAUAUAACUGACAAUCCUAGCCAUCUGGUCUAAUCUGGGGGAUCUGACACUAAGUUUUUGUUAAGGAUUGGAAAUUACACUAGUCUCUUUAAAGAAGGAAAAAAAUUUCCAAUUCAAUACUGACAAAUUUUUGCUUGUAGUUUUACUGUACAUUUGUGUUUAAAAAAAACAAAAGCCAGAACAAACCCAAGUUGUCCAGGCAAAUAAAUUCAUAUCUUUUGUCAUGUCUGAUAUUAUAAUCUUCUAUGUAAGUUUUUUAAUUAAAGUUAUUUCUAUAUGCCCUGUGUUGUCUGAUUUGAUUAAAUAUCAUCUAUGUCACAAGCUUUUCCUAAGCCAAAAUAAAGAUUAUGAAAUAAA